UGAAGAAGAAACCAACCAGAUCUCGCAUUUUCUCAUCAGAUUUUUUAUUUUUAUUUUACUUGGCUAUCUUAUCUGACUGAAUAUAGUAUUUUAAUUUUCAGUUUAAUUUUCUUUUUGUGUAAUAGUAUUUGGUUGUGUUGUGAAAUUAGGGUUGCUGAUCAUCACUUCACCAAGCCUUCUAAAAAAAAUUACGUGCGAAUAUAUUUCCUUCUAAUCUGUAACAAAUGUGUAUGAUAGUUUGGAUCUUAAAUUGAUUUUAUUUUGAAUUUAAAAAUGCACACUUAUUUUAUUGAUUUUUUCUUUUUCCUUUCUUUUGGGUGAUAUUAGAUUUGGGAAUUUUGUGAAUUAAAGGGGAUGGUGAUGGUUGAGGUAGAAGCAGCUGUCCGAAGAAGAGUUGCAUAAAUCCUGAUGAAGCACAAAGAUUAUGUUGGUGCUAGGAGAAAGUUGCUGGAUGCACAGAAAUCAUAUCUAGGACUUGAAUAUAUUGAUGAAUUGAUAAAAGUAGGUGACAUAGUAUGUACAGCUGAGUCUCAAAGGAAGAGUGGAAGUGAUUGGCACUUGGUUCUCCAGACUAACAAGGCAGCCAAUGGGUCUGACAUAGUGUUUGAGUACACAGAGCUGGUCAGAAGUUUGGAACCUGUUAAGAACAAGUUUCCGGAAACUCAAUCAGCUUUCGGGGUCAUCGAAAAAGCUUAUUGUGUGCUUUCAGAUAGAGAAAAACGUUGCGAGGUUGAUUCAAGAAGAGCUGGAAGCUUGGGUUCUUGUGGUUCUGCGGUGCCAUUAGAUAUAGCUAAUGAAGGCAAAAGGGUUGAAGCUGAUGAGCCUAUGGUUGAUGCUGGUGCUGUUGAUGACAGUUCCUCUGUAAUGGGUCAGGCUGAUGUUCAGGAUCUGGGGUCAUUGGUUUGUACUGAUUCUAGUGCAGCAAUUAUGGAUGCUACUGAUUCUGCGGCAGUAAUGAAGGAGGCUACUGAUUCUACUGCAGCGGGCGUGGUUGUUGCAGUUUCUGUGGAAGCCAGUGUCACAGUCACCCAGAGUGUGGUUACCGAGUUUUUAUGCAGUUUUGAAGAAUUUCAGAACAAGGAAGCUGAUAGGGAGCCUGAGGUUCCAAAUCAUCCUUCUGGGGGUUCGAUGCAUAGCCCGUCCAUUCAAAAUAGUCAGGUAUCUGAAGUUAUCCGUGAUUUAGGGUUUCAAGUAAAGUCUGAGUCUAUUUCUACUGAUUGUGCGUCAAUUAUUGAAAACAGCAAACUAAAGGGUAAUUUAAAUGCUGAUAAUUUCCUUAUAGAACAAAAUGUUGUUAUGCCGGAGAUGGUGCAACCAUUAUCCAACGAUGUUUCUCCAGAUAAUCGAACUCUGCGUUCUCCGGUUGGUCAAGAGCCGUGUGAGAACCAGGACUCUAUGGAAGGGGAGUUUGAUGAGACUAGGGCUAUUGUGAACCUUGAUAAGAAAAAUGAUGCCUCGUUGGAAAAAUUGAAUCUAGAUAGGAGUACAGGGGAUGAAUCUAUGGAGGAACACAUAUCAGAGAGUAGGCAUGUUGAGUCAAAACAUAAUUCUGAUGAGAUGAGAGAGAAAAAUAGCUUACCCGAGGUUAAUGAUGUAAAACAAGAAAAUCAUGUUGGUCUUACGAGGGACAGCAUUUCUGAUAAGGGCAUUUCUCCUGAAGGGAAGAUGAGUCAUGGUGUUCCUUGUGAGAAACAAAAACUCGAAGAUAAAGUUGAUGACUCUAAUCUUAAACUGAAAUGUAUAUAUGUUCUACCAAGAUGUCAAAGCUUGCUGGUUGUUUCAAAAUUGAGUAAUGUUUUUAGUGACUGCCUAUUGCAGAUAGUCGCCAGGCCUAAAAGGGUUAUAGUAGCAGAUCAAGAAGUUGACAAGAACAAUAAACCUCCGAAGAGGCGGCGUAGGUGGAGUUCAGAAGCUCAAAAAGUUCCUGAACUGCAAGCCUCUACUCUUAAAUCUUGCACAACAUUGAAAAAUGCAUUUCCAUCUGAUGCACCCAAACAGAGCGUUGCUAAAUCUGACUCAGAACUCAGCCCUGAAAGUGCACAAGGGUGUGUGGUUUCACCAUCAGCAAAGCCUCCGACAACUUCACUUAGAAUCGACAAUUUUCUACGGCCAUUCACUCUAAAAGCGGUGCAGGAACUUUUGGCAAAAACUGGUGCUGUAUGCAGUUUCUGGAUGGACCACAUUAAGACGCACUGCUAUGUAACGUAUUCGUCUGUGGAGGAAGCGACAGAGACUCGGAAUGCUGUAUGUAAUUUGCAGUGGCCUACCUAUGAUGGAAAGCUGCUGUUUGCUGAUUUUGUUGACCCUCAAGAUGUGAAAAUGCGUGCUGAAGCACCUGCUGCAGCUCCUGUCAGCACCACCCCAAAAAGUACUUCGCCAACAGCACCAUUAUCUUCCAAACCACCAUUUGAAGCUUCUUUCCGUCAAGCAGUCCAGAGGAAGCAACUCCCACCACCACCACCACCACCACUAAUGACAUCUAAACGUCCAGCUCCUACUAGGGAUCACCUCCCUCUUCCACCCCCACCUCCUCUUCCCCAAAACGAAAAUCCUCGAAUUGUUGCAAUGGAUGAUUUUUUCAUGAGAACUACAUGCACUCCUCGUAUUUACUUUCUACCAUUGUCUGAAGAGCAGGUCGCAGCUAAGCUUGCCACCCAAGGCAAAAACACCAAGUAGAGUACAG